AUGGUUUGGUCUCACUCUUUGCUUCCUUUGUUCUUUUUCAUGAUGCUCCUUGUACAAGCAAUGUCUAGAGGCAUUGACUUAACUUGGCAUGAUGCUCGUGCAACCUUCUAUGGUGAUGCAUCUGGUGCUGACACCAUGCAAGGGGCUUGUGGCUACGGUGAUCUCUUCAAACAAGGGUAUGGACUUGCAACCACGGCACUAAGUAUUGCUCUAUUCAAUAAUGGGUUAACUUGUGGUGCAUGCUUUCAAAUAAAAUGUGUCAACGAUCAUCAAUGGUGCAUAAAGCGUGCAAAACCAAUCAAAGUAACCGCAACAAAUUUUUGUCCUCCAGAUUAUACUAAAACCGUAGAUAUUUGGUGUAAUCCUCCACAAAAACACUUUGAUUUGAGUUAUAAGAUGUUCACAUCUAUUGCCUAUUAUAAAGCUGGUGUCAUCCCUAUUAAAUAUCGACGUGUUCCAUGCGUUAAAAGUGGAGGUGUAAGGUUUGAACUAAAAGGAAACCCUUAUUUUUUGAUGGUUUUAGUUUACAAUGUUGCUGGCGCUGGUGAUGUUACUCGUGUAAGUAUUCGCGGGUCUAAGACCGACUGGAUUACCAUGUCACACAACUGGGGACAAAAUUGGGAUGUCAAUAUGAAUUUGGUAGGACAACGCUUGUCAUUUCGUAUUACUACAAGUAAUGAAGAAAGUUUAGUCUUUCCCGGUAUUGUUCCUUCCAAUUGGAACUUUGGACAAACUUUUAAGAGCAAGCACAAUUUUUAG